GUACCCGGAUGGAGGGUCGGCGGGGGAGUCGCGCGCGUGCGCGCGAGAGGCAGGACGGUUGUCGCCGCGGGUGGGGGAAGGGCGUCACUGACUGCGCCUGAGGCAGCCUGGCCGUGAGGGACGAACGACGGAGAGGAGGAGGAGCGCUGCCGUUCUUCCUGAGGCGGAGGCUCGGGGUGGAAAAGAACUAGAGCAGGAAGACACCUUAUUGUGUAGCUGGCUCUUGGCAAGGCUGAUGCUAUGCUCUGCGUGCUGAAAUGUCUCAGGGUGACCAAGAAAUGAAAUGAUUGGAAAUAUCGGCUCGAGCAACUUCUGCAUGCACAUCUAUACCCAGCAGUGCCACGGCUGCUUGCCCAGCAGACCCGGUUACAAGAGUCAGAGGGAUGGUUGUAGUCACAGGGCAGAACAAAGCAAGCGGACGCCCGGGCGAUGCCAUGUCGACCUCGGAUGCAGAAGAUGAUUUCCAAGAGCCGGCCACCCCGACGGCUACCCAGGCAGAGCAUUCCCUGUCCCUUCUUCCGCAGCAGUUCCCUGAAGUGGUUCCCCUGAAUGUUGGAGGCAUGCAUUUCACAACCAGGCUGUCAACACUGAGACGCUAUGAAGACACCAUGCUGUCAGCCAUGUUUAGCGGCAGGCAUUAUAUCCCAACAGAUGCUGAAGGCAGAUAUUUUAUCGACCGAGAUGGAACAUACUUUGGAGACGUGCUUAACUUUCUGCGGUCUGGUGACUUGCCUCCACGAGAAAGAGUGAGGUCAGUUUACAAGGAAGCUCAGUAUUAUUCUCUAGGACCAUUGCUAGACAGCCUAGAAGAGCUCCAGCCCCUUAAAGGAGAGAAAGUCCGGCAGGCUUUCUUGGGCUUAAUGCCCUAUUACAAAGAGCACUUGGAACGGAUCGUUGAGAUUGCAAAACUGAGAGCCAUUCAGAGAAAGGCCCGGUUUGCCAAGCUGAAGAUCUGCGUCUUCAAGGAAGAAAUGCCCAUCACGCCCUACGAAUGCCCACUGUUCAACUCUCUGCGCUUCGAGAGGAGCGAGGGUGAGGCCAAACUCUUUGAACACCACUGCGAAGUUGAUGUGUCUUUUGGACCUUGGGAAGCUGUAGCGGAUGUCUACGAUCUCCUCCAUUGCAUUGUGACGGACCUCUCUAGCCGGGGCAUCACCGUUGACCACCAGUGCAUUGGGGUGUGUGAUAAACAUCUUAUCAACCAUUACUACUGCAAACGUCCCAUCUACGAAUUUAAGAUUACGUGGUGGUAGGCUGUUUGCCAGAAAGCAAGAGAGCCUGUUUAGAAUCUUCCUGGUCUUACAUACCCUGCAACCAUGGACGGCAAUGCUAUUCUGUGUCAGAAAUUACCUUAUGAGGGAAUAUACCCUCCAUUUCUUGCAGUGCAGCUGAUGGGAACCUCAGACUCUUGGCUUUGAAAAGGAAAAAAAUGCAUUGGGAAGGAAGCAUGCCAGUGAAGGUAUUGGAUACAAUCACAGCUGUAGAAUACCGUGAUGUGGUUGUAUAGAAGUUUUGAAGGACUCCUUUGCACAUCUGUCCUCCCAUCCCAACUUCCAACCUUUACUCAUCUGUAGAGCUGGCUGAUAGCAGAACCGCAGCAAGCCGUGCUUUUGCACAAGCCUUCCGAGUGUUUGUUUUCCCCCACCAUAGAAAUUAGUGGCUUUUACUUAGUCACGUGGUAUCAGAAGUAUGCAGCAAGCACUUUACCUCACUUAGCUAUCACUCCUGCCAACAUGACUUUGUCAUCAUGAUUUCACCAAGCAGAGGACUGAAAUGCAUUCCAAAGAUGUCACGAUUCAGAAAUAACUUUAAAAAAUGAAUCUGUGUUGGUUCUGAAUACAAAACACUGAAUUUUUAGUGUGGGGUUCUUUUUUUAAUUAUUUCUUUAAUGAAAUAAUUAACCUGUAUUUGUUAAUUAUUUUCUAUGCUGAAACCUAACUUAUUUCCAUUUCUCUGACCAAACUGGGCAAUUUUUUUGGUUUGUUUUUUGGAUGCCUCAUAGUGAGUGCAUUGAAGCUCAGUAGAUGAUGUUCUUUAACGAGAGAGAGCUGUUUAUUUUAAGAAUUGUUUCUAAGUGAAACUUUAAUGACUGGUAAUGCCUGGAUAAAAACUCUAUAAGGGUAGGUCAUUUUGCAGAGACUGAUUUAAGGCCUUAGAAUGGGUUCUGGGUGAAAAAUCUUUAUGAAAAGGGCUGCUUGAUCUUACCAGGCUGCAGUAAAAGCAGCCUAGCCUCUCUCUGGUUCCCUGCAAGAGAAAAAUCGUCCCCCCCUCCCCCCCCGCUUUGCUACCUGUUGAUUAUGUCUGCAAAAAAUCCCAAAAGGCCAAGAGGGAAUCCUGAAUUUAGUUUGCUCUCAAGCCACAUCAACCAUAUUAACCAUCUUCAUCAGGCUUCCCUCCCUUCCCAUCAUGCUUUUUUGGUUGCUCUUGGUAAAUGUUAACAUUCAGCUCCCAAGUCCUAGCUGAUAUGCUUCCUUUGCACAUACAUGUUUUGAGUGGGACACCAGCAAGGCCGCAGGCCGCAUGAGGGCUACAGGUCACCAAGUAGUCUGCCGCACCCCAUGAUUUGACUGCCAAGAACAUCAUGCAAACUGCCCUGUAGUCGGUUCAGCUGCAUUGGCCGGGGGUGGGGUUGGGGGUGGGGAGCCAAGUAAUUGGUGCUGCAACAGCCCUGAAGUUCUGACUUGCUUACACAGUCCUGAGAGCUGACCAAAAGACCUCUUUGUAUUCGUGACUGAUUAAAUCUCAUGCGUCAGGAGUGGAGCACAUUAAUGACAGGGUUUUUGGAUGCAGCUGCAGCUUGUAGUUACAUUAAAAGAAUGUAGCUUUGUUCUUGAGAGAAGACCUAAUUCUUUAGUUUGUGAAUUUUAGCUAUUUCCUUGUUUUGGUACAAAUAAGCUGUCGUUUAUUUAUUUAUGCAGAGAAAGAAAUUAGUAAAAAAUAUUCCAAACCUGGAUUUGGAAAAUGAUUUCAUUAUGACUGUUAUUUAAAGAUUUGGGGUGGGGGAGGGGAAAUUACCAUAUGAUCCAGAUUUCUCUAUGCAUUACCUUUAAUGCCUUUGAAAACAACUGAGAUAUGUAAAUAGAAGGCAGAAGUUGUAUGUUGUGUUCAAAUAGGUUGUUGGAACUGGUGGACCAAGCUAGUACAAAAUGUUUGUUUUCCCCACGUAUAAUUUGUAUUUUGUAUUAAAAUGUGUCAUGUGUCAGUAUUGUGCAAUAAAUUAUCUC